GUAACUCCUUCUGUAACUCCAGCACAGACUGCAAUUAAUAGCAGAAAAGACCGUAAAUUAAAGAGACCAAUGAAUGCAUUCUUGAUCUUUAAUAAAGAAAUGCGUCCAAGAGUGUUGGAAACGAAUCCUAAUAUGACUGUGGCUGAAAUUUCAAAAACAAUUGGUGAAAAUUGGCGUGGAAUGUCUGAAGAACAAAGAGAGGUUUAUCUUGAAAAAGCUAGAAAUUUGAAAAGUGAAUUCCACGAAUCAAAUCCAGAUUUUGUAUAUACACGUCGAUCAAAAGCUGAACUCGCGGCAGCAGGUCAUCAUAGUUAUUCUAAGAAACGUAAUUUCGGACAAGUUGAUCAAAGUGAAGAAUCAGAUGAUGGCGGUGAACAUCCACGUGGAACUUCGCAUAGUAAUCAUACCGAUGCUCCACCAGCAGGAUCUCCAGCUAAAGAUCCUCGAGGACGUAAGAAAAAGCGAAAUCGACAUCCAACUGCGCCAAAACAUCCAAUGUCAGGAUUUUUGUUCUAUGCAUUAGAAAUGAGACCACACGUUGCAGAACAAAAUCCUGGAAGCACGGUUGGGCCUAUCAGUAAAAUUAUUGCAAGCCAUUGGAAGAAUUUAACCCCUGAAGAACGAGCAAAAUGGGAGAAGCAAGCUUCUGAUGAUAAAGCAAGAUAUGCUAGAGAGAUGGAAAUAUAUUUACAAGGACAAAAGGAUGAGGAAUGA